UCUUAGAAAUACGAGGCCUUGCUGGCGUUCACCGGGUACUCUGCCAGAUAGCUUCCAAUUACUUUCAGCAGCAGCAAGAACAAAUCUUUUUCUUUUAUCAUGAAGAAAACAAAGGGUGUUUUUAAGUGCAUUCUGCUUGCACACGUGUAUUUCCAGUACCCGUCCGCUUGUGCUUUCAAGUUACGUAUUCACACUAGUAGAAGCUUGGUGUAGAACUUUUAACAGGAAUCAGGAGAAAGGGAAACUUUAAUUUCACUUUUUUGGUCAUGAAAUUCACAUAGAGGGUUUAUUUUUUAAUUCUUCUUUACCUAUUUAUUUUUAAACCCAUUUGUGAGAUCAGAAUUACUCAACUUCCCGCUGGAACCCGAUUUCUUUCUUCAGGGGUUUACUAGGGGAAAGUAUGCUUUUACACCAGGUCUUACAUUUUUUGAUAGCUUACGGCUUGAGCGGUUCCCUGACACUUAAUGCAGCGCAUUGUGCUCUGCAAACAGAUACCUGUGACGCUGCAGCCCCUCAGUGCCAUCGUUUGGGUUCCCUUGAGUUUCAGAAGUGUUGGGAGGCAGCUCCCAUGGUGCAGCUGGGGUUUGUGUGCUUAGCUGUGUGCUCUACUGUGGGGCACAAAGUCGCUCGGUUAAUUAUACAAGCAGAAAAUUUUGAUUUUUCUGUUCUUUUUUUUCUGCAGUCAGAAUUAGGCCUUGUACCUGUGGUCUAAUUUCUUCUGUGUAGCUUUUCGCCUGAUUAUUCUCUGCUUAAUGUUUGCUCUCUGUUUUGUAUAAAAAUACCUGGAAUUCCCAGAAGCUUUGGUUAUCUCUGCAAGAGAAGAAUGUAAUUAUGUGCAGUAGGAUGAGUGACUUAAUGGAAUGUUUUUCUGAUACAAAUACUUGAAAAAUAAUCAGACAUGGCCCAUCACAACAGCAGAUGAGGGUAAAAAACCUCUGAAGUCUGUCUCCAGUGCCAUCGUGUGAGCUAGCGUGGCACUUUGUGACUCGGUUUACCAGCUGGAGCAGGUGGCACAAUGUCAUUUGUUUCAAAAACUCUUGGGAAAUACAGUUGAGAUUUGUGAGGAGUUGUGAAGUCUGUGGGUGAGAAGUGUUUGCAAAGCAGAACAGUUAAACCCACUUUGGUGCAGUUCUGCCUCUCUGACGCUUUCUGCAAAGUAGGAAAGGGGGGGGGGGAAAGACCACACAGGAAUUUGUGACGAGGUGCAAAUACUAAUGCAAGGUGGUCCUCUUUUUGCACCUGCAUGAUGAGGUGUGAGUUAUUUGAUACGUCACCCGUCCCUGUAUAUUUCAGAGCAUAGCAGGUCAUUGUGCCGAGCGUAGGAAGGAUGGAUGAUGAAUCAGAAGUUUUGCGAUGUGGAAAAUGAAAGUGCUUGCUACAAACCCAAAAAUUAUGCUAAUGCAAAGAAUGACUGAGAUGUAGUGUCCCGAUCAACUACAUGAGGUAUCCCUCAAAGAGGGACCUUUCCUAGUUUCUCCCCAUCACCUUGAACAACAUCUAUGCAAGUACCGUUUCUCCGCCCCUCUGUUGCUAUUCUCAUCUGACGGCCCCUGGAACAAGACUGACAUUGCUGCUUCUGUAACGCCGCACGUCAUCAGUCCGCUGGUUGUGAAGAAUGCGACGCAGGAAGGUCCUAGGAGGUGCAUGUUUAAAAAAUGGCUGAAGAUGGCAGUGAUGAGACUAUGUUUAUUUGGUGCGAGGACUGUGGACAGUACCAUGAUUCAGAGUGUCCUGAGCUAGGCCCGGUGGUGACAGUCAAAGACUCCUUUGUAUUGAGCAGGGCAAGGUCAUCUCUGCCUUCUAAUUUGGAGAUAAGACAAUUGGAAGAUGGGACUGAAGGAGUAUUUGCUCUUACUCAACUAGUGAAACGUACACAGUUUGGCCCAUUUGAAUCCAAGAGAGUUGCCAAGCUGGAAAAAGAAUCCGUUUUUCCCCUGAAGGUGUUCCAGAAGGAUGGGCCCCUGGUAUAUUUCGACACCUCAAAUGAAGAUGAUUGCAACUGGAUGAUGAUGGUGCGACCAGCCACCGAAUAUGAGCAUCAAAACUUAACUGCCUUCCAGCAUGACAAUGAUAUUUACUUCACCACCUCCCGGGACAUCCCACCAGGAACUGAGCUGCGAGUGUGGUAUGCAGCUUUUUACGCCAAAAAAAUGGAAAAGCCAGUGCUGAAGCAGGUCACUAGUAUUGCCAAUGAUAUGUGCUUGGUAGUGAUGGAAUCUGAUAAAGAGGGGAAUAAAAUCUCUUCAAAACCUUCACCUGCUGUCUUCCCCCAUAAAAAACCAAAGAAAUCCAGCAUACCAGCAGCUGAGCCAGCAGUGAACACUCCAGAAGGCAGCGGAGCUGCAGAAGCAGAGUCCAGCCAGUGGACGUGUAAAGUGUGUUCAUCUGCUUUCCAGGGGCCUCAGCUGCUGACAGAGCACUUGCUGAGUCACCUGGAACAAGCUAAAGGUGCCCCCCAAGCCAGCCAGAAUGAGGCUGUUGCAGAGAAAGCAGCAGAGGUUCCCCCUGUGGAUCAGCCAGUAGUUUGUGAUGCAGCCAGUGCCAGUACAGACUCAAGGAGGAAGGCCAGGCGGGGUAGAAAACCCAAAACAGCAAAAGCAGAAACACCUCUUGUCGUCGUUGAAGAGAAAGAUUCUGCAGCAGAACGUGUAGCUGACGUUGUAACUGAGGUCCCACAGGAAGAGGUGGCCCUGCCUCCAGCUGCAGAAGAGAGAAUUAUGGAACUGGUUUUAGGAAAGAUGCCUAGCACCACAAAUAGCAUCAGUUCAGUGACAAAUAGGUUUGCUCAUCACCAAAACACCAUGUCCCUCAAAAGAAGUUUAAUUCUCUCCAGUAGACAUGGUAUACGGCGCAAGCUGAUAAAACAACUUGGGGAGCACAAGCGAGUCUAUCAGUGCAGUAUCUGCAGCAAGAUCUUCCAGAACAGCAGCAACCUCAGCAGGCACAUCCGUUCUCACGGUGACAAACUAUUUAAAUGCGAGGAAUGCGCAAAGCUGUUCAGCCGUAAAGAGAGCUUGAAGCAGCAUGUUUCAUACAAGCACAGAAGGAAGGAAGUUGACAGUGAGUACAGAUACAAGUGCACCACAUGUGAAAAAGCCUUUCGGAUAGAGAGUGCAUUGGAAUUCCAUAACUGCAGGACAGAUGACAAGACAUUCCAGUGUGAGAUGUGUUUCAGAUUCUUCUCCACAAACAGUAAUCUUUCAAAACACAAGAAAAAGCAUGGGGAUAAGAAGUUUGCCUGUGAAAUCUGCAAUAAGAUGUUCUACCGGAAGGAUGUCAUGCUAGACCAUCAAAGACGACACUUGGAAGGGGUGAGGCGUGUGAAAAGAGAAGACUUUGAGCACAGCACGGAAAACAUGGUUCGCUACAAGAAGGAGCCUUCAGGAUGCCCCGUGUGCGGGAAGGUAUUUUCAUGUAGGAGCAAUAUGAACAAACACCUUUUAACACAUGGAGACAAGAAAUACACUUGUGAAAUCUGUGGACGUAAAUUUUUCAGAGUGGAUGUGUUGAGAGAUCAUAUUCAUGUCCAUUUUAAGGACAUAGCACUAAUGGAUGAUCACCAGAGAGAAGAGUUCAUUGGUAAAAUUGGAAUCUCAUCAGAGGAAAACGAUGACAACUCUGAUGAAAGUGCAGAUUCUGAGCCUCACAAGUAUAGCUGCAAAAGGUGCCAGUUGACUUUCGGCAGAGGGAAGGAGUACCUGAAGCACAUAAUGGACGUGCACAAGGAGAAAGGCUAUGGCUGUAGCAUUUGUAACCGACGUUUUGCCUUGAAGGCAACUUACCAUGCACACAUGGUCAUUCAUCGAGAGAACCUGCCUGACCCUAAUGUGCAGAAAUACAUCCAUCCAUGUGAAAUCUGUGGAAGGAUUUUUAACAGUAUAGGAAAUCUGGAAAGACAUAAGCUUAUACAUACAGGUGUAAAAAGUCAUGCUUGUGAGCAAUGUGGCAAAUCAUUUGCUAGAAAAGACAUGUUAAAAGAACAUAUGCGAGUCCAUGAUAAUAUCCGAGAAUACUUGUGUGCAGAAUGUGGCAAAGGAAUGAAAACAAAACAUGCGCUUCGUCACCACAUGAAACUUCACAAAGGGAUUAAAGAAUACGAAUGCAAAGAAUGUCACCGAAAAUUCGCACAGAAAGUCAACAUGCUGAAGCAUUACAAAAGACACACAGGAAUCAAAGAUUUCAUGUGUGAGCUCUGUGGCAAGACGUUUAGUGAGAGAAAUACAAUGGAGACUCAUAAGUUGAUUCAUACAGUAGGAAAACAGUGGACAUGUUCAGUAUGUGAUAAGAAAUAUGUCACUGAUUACAUGCUGCAGAAGCACAUCCAGCUCACUCAUGAUAAGGUGGAAGCCCAGAGCUGUCAGUUGUGUGGGACAAAGGUUUCUACCAGAGCAUCCAUGAGUCGACAUAUGAGGCGUAAACAUCCAGAGAUUCUUUCGGUGAGGAUUGAUGACUUAGAGCAGCUGCCAGAGACGACUACCAUUGAUGCCUCCUCAAUUGGGAUUGUUCAGCCGGAAUUAGCCUUGGAACAGGGAGAAUUACCAGAAGGGAAACAGCAUAUGAAAGCUCCUAAACGUGGCCAGAAACGAAAACAAAAGUCAGGUGAGGAGGAGGAAGCUCAAGUGCCUGAGGACCCUGCCUUCAGUGAAUACACAGAGAAGGAAGGUGAAUUCACAGGGAAUGUUGGAGAUGAGACAAAUUCAGCUGUACAGAGCAUCCAGCAGGUGGUGGUGACCCUUGGCGACCCAAAUGUCACAGCCCCUUCCAGUUCUGUCGGGCUGACAAAUAUCACUGUUACCCCCAUUACGACAGCAGCUGGAACCCAAUUCACAAACCUCCAGCCAGUGGCUGUGGGCCAUCUGACUGCACCUGAACGCCAGUUACAGCUGGACAACUCAAUUCUCACUGUGACGUUUGACACCGUCAGUGGUUCUGCCAUGCUGCACAACCGCCAAAAUGACAUUCAGAUCCAGCCGCAACCAGAGGCAGCCAAUCCUCAGUCUGUGGCCCAUUUUAUAAACCUGACCACCUUGGUGAACUCCAUUGCUCCUUUAGGGAACCAGAUAACGGAACAGCAUCCUCUGACGUGGAGGUCAGUGCCUCAGACUGAUGUCUUGCAGCCCCAGGCACAGCCAACACAACAGCAGUCAGGACAGCAACCGGUUCAAACAGAGCAACAACAACAGAUGUAUAGCUACUAAUUUAUACUUUGCAAAGUUUUGAAAUGGACAGUACUUAGAGAAAAAACACACGGACGUUUGGAAAAUUUCUAAUAGGAUUGUUUGCUGGAUACCAAACAGAGACAGGAAAAUGUUUAUACAGUGAAAUGUAAGCUAAAAUUGGCAUAGCACCCUGCAACACCCUAAUCUUAAAAUUCUCACGCUGUCUCUAGACCUUGCACUGUCUCAAAAAAAAAAAAAAAGAGAAAAAGGAAAAAAAAUCUCUCCAUAAAUUGAACACCCCCUUGCACUGUGUAUGUUGUGCAGUAAGAUUGAGAUUUGAGAGGAGCAUCAUAAUAUGUCUUAACCAAAGGAGGGAAAUCCUAAAUAUUAUGGCACUGGUGAUUUACAAAACCCUUUCAGCCAUACCAUGUCACUUCUUUCCAGUCUGGAAAUUACAUAUGAAGACCUUGUUCACAGUGAGGUGGAAUGCACUUGUGGUCAGCUGGUAGAGACUGAAAUGUAAAGACGCAAAUGGGCAAAACAAUAAUUGUCUUGUUUCUUCUCUUCUUUAGGUCUUGUAUCUAACAGCAUUGGUAAAGUAGGUGGAGGUUGGGGCUUUGGGGUGGGGAUGAGUGUGGUGUGGAAGAAAAUACACCAAUUUCACAACGUAUUUCCAUUUUAGUCAUGGGAAAAACCUGUACUCAUAACACAGUGUUAGUGCUACUUGAAUCAGAUAGCUGGUCUAAUGCUAAGGCAACUUUUGUGGUCUUCUGGUCAAGUUUGAAUCGAACCAGUUACAAACUGAAAAAAGAAUGUGAUACAGUUUUAUGUAAUUUUUCAAAACUCUUUCAAUCUUGCUUUUAGCUAAUAGGCCCGGAGAGCAAUCAGUCCCCUUUGAUCAAGUUCAGGAUGUGAAUUUUUUUUCAAUUAGUCUUCUUUCAUCGUGUAAUAAACAUUUGAGAAAGCAUUCUUUUUAUAUAUAUAUGCAUAUAUAUAUAUAUAGCCUUUGUAAUUUACUGUGUGUUCCUGGUGAGUAUUUGUGUGAAAAACACUGUUAUUAAUAUGAUGCAUUAAUUUCUUCAUCCCCAUUUUGCCCUUCCUCACAGAAGUAAUGUAUGGAUUCUACUCCUUCUGUUUCCAAAACUAUUUCCAAAAUUCAUAGCCACUCAGGGUUGUGUGAAAUGGAAGAAAAAAGAAUGUCCGAAGCAUAUUCUGCCACAUGGAGGCAGUACGCCCUAGUGUAUAAUGGGCAUGGUUUGCGUGACUGUUGGGGAUGUAAGCAGUGGGUUGGGUCAAAUACAUCAUUGCUGAUACUACACUUUCAUUCCAUUCUCCAUACAUUGAUGUGCAGUCUGGACUUUUGCAUGUCAAGAAGAUAGUAUCUUCCCCACAGAGAAAAAGCAGCUGAUAUCAAAAAGGAAUAAACUAAAAAAAAAAAAAAAAAAAAAAAAAUUGCUGCCUGGAAUCCUGAAAGGCAGAUCUGUCCUUCCAGCUGUGGCUGAAGAACAAGGUCCUUUGGGGCAGCAGACUGAGCCGCAGAACCGUGCUGAAGUUUUUUUGCUGAGGAUAAAGCAGCUGAUGCGUUUGACAGUGAAGACAGAUUGAUGGUUGUAAAAAUCCUGUCUGUGCCUAUCAUAUUUAUGAAAAUGUUUGAUGUACUAGCAAAAAUAUGAGUAGGAAUGACUUCAGCUUUGAAAUUCUGUAUUAACGUGGACAACUUGACCCCUAAAGGAUGCCUUAUAAUCUCUACAGCAAAUUCUUCCAAAGUAUAAAUGGCUGGGUAUUAAAAUUAACCUCCAGUGGUUUUCUUGGUGCCAUAGCUGUGUCCAGGCUCGCUAUGCCAGGCUCUGUGUAAAGCUUUGUUGCAACAGGACGUGUCUGGGAAAGGGGUUUCUUGUGACAGAUUUUGUGUGUCAGAGGAGCAGAAUUACUUUUCUGUAAAUGUCAACGAGCCGGUAAAAUGUCUGUGUGGGAGGGACCUCUGUUUGAUGGGACAAGGAUACAUACCAGGAAGAGAAAAUACCUUUUACCAGUGUGGAAAAGAGAAUUUUUCAUUCCCUAGCCCCUUCUGUCUUCCUUUCCACACAGUACUGCGAGAUCCUUAAUUUUAUGAGCCUCCCAGUAUCCUGAGAAGUACAGUUUUAUGCCCCUGUAUCACCUGGGUUAUUUCACCACUGUCUUGAGCCAGUUAAAUUUCUUCUCAGCUGUCCUGGCCACAAAUGCUUCCCCUUCACACCAAACCCACUGGUCAGGAGGGAACUAGGUUUUAUUUAUGAAAUACAUUGUUUAUGUAUUUGGAAGUAUUUAAUUUCUUCCCCAACCCCCCGCCAUGUGUUUGGUGCCUAAUUGGUAACGGCACGUUAUCUUUUGGCAGGGUACUUUGGACCAAAAAAAAAAAAAAAGGAAAAAAA